GGGAGAGAGGCAUCCACCGUUUACCAACACGAGUAGUGGAGCAGACGCUGAAGGAGGGAAGAGGAGAGAGAGGUGCCGAGGUGGGAUGGCAGCGGCGGCGGCGGAGGGGGCGGCUGCUCCGGUCGCGGCGGCGAUGCGGACGGUGCUGGCGCGGGCGGGGCGUGCGGCGGAGCGGUCGGGGCGGGCGGCGGAGGCGGUGCGGGUGGUGGCGGUGGGGAAGACCAAGCCGGUGUCGCUGCUGCGGCAGCUCUACGACGCCGGGCACCGCUGCUUCGGCGAGAACUACGUCCAGGAGUUCGUCACCAAGGCGCCGCAGCUCCCGGAAGAUAUCCGGUGGCAUUUCGUCGGGCACUUGCAGAGCAACAAAGUGAAAUCCCUAGUAGCUGCUGUUCCAAAUCUUGACAUGGUUGAGGGUGUAGGUAAUGAAAAGAUUGCUAAUCACCUUGACCGUGCUGUCGUUAGCUUGGGGAGGGAGCCUUUGAAAGUUAUGGUGCAAGUAAACACUAGUGGAGAAGAAUCAAAAUCUGGUAUUGAUCCUUCUAGAUGCGUGGAGCUUGCUAAGCAUGUGAAACUAGACUGCCCAAACCUAAUAUUUUCAGGUCUCAUGACAAUAGGAAUGAAAGAUUACUCCUCGACACCGGAAAAUUUUAAGGCACUGGUAAAUUGCAAAAUUGAAGUUUGCAAGGCCCUAGGGAUGCUGACAGAACAGUUCGAACUCUCCAUGGGAAUGUCUGGAGACUUUGAGCAAGCAAUUGAGCUGGGUAGCACCAAUGUGAGGAUUGGGUCAACCAUUUUCGGACCAAGGGACUAUCCAAACCAAAAGCAGAAUCAGUGACGACUCAACCCAACAACCGGGACCUAUGUGUGCAAUACAUACAUAGUACAUAGAUACAAGGCUGUUCCUCAUAAGUUUUUACUACCUGUGUACACUGCACGAAUGCACGAUGGUAUGUAAAUAUGCAUGUGAAUAUUUGAUGUGUAAAAAAUGUGCAGCUCCAUAAAGGAAAGUAAAUGGAAAAUUUUGAGAUACAUCAUGAUA